UUGACCUGAGAAAUAAACCUUUUUUUCCUUUGGCCUGAAUAACCUGUUUGUUUACAUGGAUUACUGAUACAGACUACAGUUAUGGUUUUUCCAUUCGGUUCUAUUUAAAACUCGGUGAAUUUGAUUGGUUAAUUUAUUUUUGUCUGCGGCGCUUCGCUGAUCUGUGUGUAAAUCGUGUAUUAGUUUGCGUCAUACAACCUGAUCUUUAUUAUCUGACACUAUAGUAUUUUUCAAAACCUAUUCAAUAUUUGGCAGGUUGUUCUUCAAGGCUGAACAGCGCAAAAGAUUAACGAUAUAACAUAUCAUGUUAACAUUAUAACAAAUCUUUCGAGUGCGUCUAUAUUUGAUUAGGAUCGUCACAGGCGAGGAAAAUAACAACACGGAACUUAAAACAUUUGAACAAUGGCAUUUUCUUUAGCAACAUCGUAUAACGUUAACAAUUAUGUUUAUCAUUUUUAGCGCAACAUUUUGAUUUUAUAGGAAACAUCUUAUAACUUAAACCAUCAGGUACUUUAAUAUCAUUUCAAACGGUUUAAAAUGAAGUACGUUUAUCUCGUUCUGAAGCAAAGAAAUUUAUAAUGAAUUUUCUGGAUAAAUUAUUUCGUCGAAAGGGUAAAUCGACAUCAUGUACCGUCACAACGUUGGAUUCUUUUGUGAAGGGAGAGAAUUUUAAAGUACCAUGCGUCGUUUCCUUGGAAACUAGCGAUCGUGACUUAGAUUCUAUGUUACUUCUUGAAGGUGUAAGGACGAUUCAGUUUGCAUUGAUUGAAGUUGUGCCUGGAACUCUAUCAUCUCAUGGCGCUGAUGCUGAAACAAACCCAGACAGGGAACCUAUGAUUGGCUUGGAGUUUUUCCUACCGGUUACUUAUUCUAGGCACGUGACAACCCUUAACAAAUUGUACUAUCGAACAAGAGUCCAAAGCAUAGACGAGGUGAAAGAGUGCAUAUUUUCCACUGUCUACGCUUGCGACGGACUGCGUUUGGUUUUGAAAAAAUCAGAGCCAGCUUUUGACCCCGUGAGGAGCAUACCAAUACCGAAAGGAACCGCUCUGCAAAUAGUAUACGAGGAGAACGACGAUACAUCGGGUAUUACUGUCUCAGAUAUUAACGGUGAACUGUAUCAUGUCACAGAGGACAAUAUUAAGAACUUGGAAGUAAAAAAUACUAGGCCAUCAAUGUCUUUCAAGGAACUAGUGCUUUCAUCGCCAUUGCCUCGUGCUGUUCAGUUUAAUUCAGUAGACCAAUCAGAUUUAGCGACGUCGUUAAAAGAAGAACGUGACAGACUUGAACGUGCUUUAGAUGGAUUAAUAAAGGUAAAGUCAGUUAAAAGCUUUGAACUCAUAAUCGGUUGGAGGAAUAUAGAUCAAGAGCAUUUCGAAGCCAUGUUAAUUCCUUUCGAGGCUGCAACGGCAAUAACUGUGUGUCCUUAUUCAUUUAGAACGCCCGAGAGUGAGAAAGCCUUCAUUUACAAUAAGUUUCAUAAAUGUAACUUUGACCAGAUAAUUGGAAACAGACUUUAUCGAAAGGAUCUAAAUACUUCUCGAAUAACAUCAAUUCAAUGUUCGGUCUUAAGUAGUAUACGGAACGAAUAUGUUUCGGCUUCGAAUGAACAAGCCUAUGAACAGCCAUGCUCGGACACUGGUACAUGUGACGUCGAGCACAGAUAUAUGCGAGCUUUGCAAUCACACGGAACUUCUUCGUCUGAUGAUGACGAGAACUUCAUUUAUGCAGAUUUAUAGCAGUUCGACAGAGAUUGAAACUGUUUAAGUUUCUGACACAUCAAUACCUACCAUCAUAUACGUAUAUUACAAUAUCUACACGUGUAUAAAAGUAAUAUUAAGUUGAUAUUAUUAAUAAAGCAACGUUAUUGCAUUAAAAAUGAAGUUUAAAUUGUGCCGUUUAAUUUAAAAUGAAUACAAAUACUGUUUUAGAAAAGGUGGUAGACUUCCAAAUAAUCUAAACUUUUAUUAUGCUGGAAACCACAUAGAAAUUGUGAAUAAGUAUUCUUAUCUCGGUAUAAUAUUUACAUCAGGAGGUUCAUUCACGGAAUCACAUGGGGCAUUGUCCGGUCAGGCGCUUAAAGCGAUAUUUAAACUCAGAAAAUAUUUGUACAGUUACGUUUAUAUUAUUGUCGGACAUAUGUUAGAUCUCUUUGAAAAGAUAGUCAAACCAAUUCUGUUUUAUAGUGCUGAGGUUUGGGGAUUUGCUCGAGCAACGCCGAUUGAAAGAGUGCAUACAAAGUUUUGCAAGUCUGUAUAAGGUGUUAAAUGUAACAUUCAAAACGAUUUUAUUUAUGGUUAUCUUGGCCAAAUCGAUUUACAUUCCCAGAGGCUUGUUUGUAUUAUUAAAUAUUGGUUGAAGAUCACUGGCUGUAGUGAUAGAAAAUAUGUGUCAUGUAUUGAUAUUGAUUAUAACCCACGUAAGCAAAACUGGGCUUCACUUGUUAAAGAUACAUUGUGUAGCUUAGGUUUCUAUCAUGUAUGGCUGCAACAGAGUGUUGGAAAUAAUAACCAGUCUAUUAUGCUUUUAAACAACGUGUUAAGGACAUAUUUGUACAGGAUUGGCAUAGUAGAUUGGAAAUUUCAUCUCGAGCGAUAUUCUAUAACACUUUCUGUAAAUUCCAAUUUCAACCAUGUAAAUGUUAAAUGCUAUAGAAAUGCUCUUACAAAGUUACGAAUGUCAUCACAUGGAUUAAAUAUUGAAACAGGUAGAAGGAAUAGAACGCCAAGGGAACAAAGGCUAUGUAACAAAUGAAAUAAAUUAGAGGACGAAUUUCAUUUUCUUUUUGAGUGUAAGUUAUAUGAUAGUGUACGAGGAAAAUAUCUUAAGCAUUAUAACUGUCAUAGACCAAAUAUGUUUAAAACUGUCGAGCUGAUUACAAAUGAUAAGUGUGAAACAUUACGAAACCUAGCUGUAUAUGUAAGCAACGCCUUCGAACUGAGAAAAGCACAUAAUACAAUGCAUUAUUAUUUAUAUCGUUUAUUGUAUAGUAUAAACUAUAAUUCACCAUCAGUUUCCUGAUUCACUUGCCCGUAUAUCAAAAUUGCAAUCGUUGUGGGUGUAACUGGGGUCUCUGCAUUGCAAAUAUAUGCAGAAAUACUUAUCAGACACCAUAAAGCCAAAAUAUUAAGCGUCAUACGUGUAUUACAUGACUACAUAUAAAUUUUAAACUAUGCACACAGGGAUUUAUAAAAUAAGAAUCGUUUUUAACCCAUGGUGAUGUAUACAUAUUGUAUAAUUAGUGUGGUAGGAUCAUAUGCAUGUAAAAGACAGAUCCAUUAUUGGAUCCAUUAUUGGAUGCAGUGAUGAAACAAGAUCAAUUAUUUCAGUAAAGUAUAUUGCAACAAAAGGAUACAAUCGGUGAUUAAUAUUUUCAAUAUUUUAUUUUGAAUCUCGAAUCUUAAACCAUAUCAACUAAGACUAGCAGUUUUGGGUAUACUGAAUAUAUCAUUUAGUAAGAGAGAAAACUCUUCUGUUCCUUGUGAGAAUGAUUGGAAGAGUUAGCUUUCUUUUCUGCACUCGUUUUUCUAAUAAUCGCCAUAUUUCGAUGAUAACGGGGUCAUUGAUGAAAUAGUUUAUUCAAGUCUCAUCACCUUAGAAUUACUGUACUUAUGUUUUUGUAAUAUAAUAUGAAUAUUUCAUCAUGUUAUGUGAAUAUUACAUUUAUUUAUGUCUAUUCAAGUCUCAUCACAUUAGAAUUAUUGUACUUAUGUUUUCGUAAUAUAAUAUGAAUAUUACAUCAUGUUAUGUGAAUAUUACAUUAUUAUAUGCGAAGAACAUACAGUUUGUUAAAAAAAUUAUUGAUUUUGAAACUGUUAUUUUUAUUAACACUUUUUAUAGACCAUGUUUUUCAAAUAGAAAUAUUGAAAUAUCAAAUUAAUAUAUGCUGUGUAAAUACUGUAUGUUUCUUUCGAAAAUUGAUUUUACUAUGCAUUGGUGAAGGGGUUAGAGCGUACCGUCACCGAAGAAUGAUAAGAUUAAAACUUCUACAUCUACACGGUGUUUUAAUACGCCUAUUGUCAUGUUUUACAUCAAGUUUUCCAAUAUCAUCUGCUGGAAAACAUAAUACCAAACAUUAAUUAACCCAUUUAUGCCUAGCGUCUAUAAAAAAGGCCUUGGCAAACAGCGUAGACCCAGAUGAGACGCCGCCUGAUGCGGCGUCUCAUCAGGGUCUGCGCUUUUUGCUUAAAGUAAUAUCUGUAAGAAAUGUUCUAAAUAUAGAAAUAAAAAUACUCGACACCCCUAAUUUGGAAAUAAAGUGUAGUCCCAGAUUAGCCUGUGCGGACUGCACAGGCUAAUCUGGGGCGACACUUAACCCACAUGCAUUAAGCCCAGUUUUCUCAGAACACGACUCAUAUAUACAUGCGGGUAACAAUUUAAUGAGCUGAUCACAGUGGUAUCCCGUAUUGCGCACAUAAUCGGGUUCAACCAAUGUAGUGUUGAUCAUUCUAAGGUGAUACAGAUAUAUUUCUGUUCUGUCUGUGAAUGGUGUAUUUUACGUAUUCUAUAUUGCUGAUAAAAUUGUCAUCUUUAGUAAUAAUUGUACUUUUUAAAAUAAAAACACAGUUGUAUACUGCCUUGUAUAUGCGACCGAAAACGCAAUAAACCAGACACACGUCUGGAUACCUGGAAUAUUAAAGACGUGCAGAACAUUAUUGUUACAUAUCAUAGCAACCUCCAUCUUCAAACCAAG